AUGAAUCUUCACGACUCGGACAUAAUUCAAUCUUUCAAAGUAAAAGCACCAACAACAUCACGUGAAAACAUUAUAAGUAUACAAGAAGAAAUUUUCUACUCUCUCACCACUUUAUCAUGUUUUCCGUCUGAGCAAGUCGCAGAUGACGAUAAAUUUUACGAAAGUGUCGUAACCGAAAUAAAGGGCCAAGGACGACUCUUUAGAAAAUUAUUAAACGAAAGUUACUUAAAUAGUAAAAGAUCAACAAAUUUAGCGAGCGAAAUAAUCGAUUAUAUUCGUAGAAUAGAUUCGGCAGAUUUGCAAGAUGAUAAUGAAAAAAGUCGAAUUUUUUACAAAUUGAAACUUUCUUGCUCUCGGAUUGUUGAAGAGUGCAAACAGCUAAGCAACGGGUAUGAAGAGAUUACCAAAAGCUUGGCAAAAAUAUACGAAAAAUUACAUAGCGCCAAACUUAAAAAAAUCACCGAACAUCAUCGUUCUCGUGUAUUUUCUAAAUUUUGGAUAGCGAUAAUAGUAAAAAUGGUAAAAGCAAUCGAUCAUUUAGGUGAAAGUUACGCGCCUGACUAUUCAAAUGAUCCAUUUUACAAGCUGCAAUUAAGCAUCAUCAAGCACGCGCCAUUCAGCUGGUUUUUAUUUUUACCACGCUUUCGCAAGAAGCCAUUUACACCCACGGAUUUGGGAUCUCCAAGUGAGAAUUCGUUGCUUAUUAUAAAGCAACCUACAUCCAGGGAUUUGGAAUCUCAAAGUGAAAAUUCAUUUGACGCGUUACUUGCUAUGAAGAAAUUACAAGAUAAUUUGGACACUAUAGUUCAAUUAGUAAAAGACUUUGAAAAUUACUGGAAGACUAUUAAUAAACAGAUAAACGAAACACCAGCUAGCACCCAUUAUUAUUCUUUACCGAAUCCAUUGGUAAAAACUCUAGAUCACUACCAAGUAAACCUAAUUAUUGAAGAGUGGGAAAAAUUACAUGAAUUGUUUGAAUCAUAUGCUGCAGAUAUUAAUAAAGUUUUAGAUCACUCUUUGUAA